AUGUCCGCAGUAGACUGCCCCAUCUGCAACAAACCCGUCAAAGCGACCCUCAUCAACUCGCACAUCGACUCCGGCUGCGCCUCUCACAUCUUCAACCCAGACCGAACCUCCUCUCCGCCGACGGCCACGCAACCGAACGGCGCGCAAACAACGCUCUCCUCCACGCAGGCGAAACGACCCGCUUCCUCCUUCUUUUCGACACCAGCGCCGAAACGCCAUGCCCCGCCCACGAAAGUCCUCACCACACCCGCCGCCAACGGCACGAAGCCGAUGGCAGGCGUGAAACGCAGCUUCGAUGACGGUCCAGGAGCUGUGUCCUCUUCCUUCGGCGGCACCACCUUCGUCGCGGACGAGGAGAAGGACACGACACCAGCCCCCGAGACGGGACCAGUCGCGAAGCGCACAAAGACGGCGAGGGCGGCCCCGCUGGCGGAGCGCAUGAGGCCCAGCACCCUCGACGAGGUCUGCGGCCAGGACCUCGUCGGUCCCCACGGCGUGUUGCGAUCCCUAAUCGAGUCGGACCGCGUGCCGAGCAUGAUUCUCUGGGGCGGAUCCGGGACGGGCAAGACGACCAUCGCCCGGUGUAUCGCGAAGAGCGUCGGGUCGCGCUUCAUCGAGCUCAACGCCACCUCCUCCGGCGUCGCCGAGUGCAAGAAGCUGUUCGGGGAGGCUGCCAACGAACUUGCGCUCACGGGGCGCAAGACCAUCAUCUUCUGCGACGAGAUCCACCGCUUCUCCAAGGCGCAGCAGGACGUGUUCUUGAAGCCCGUGGAAGCCGGCACAAUUACGCUCAUUGGAGCCACGACGGAGAACCCGAGUUUCAGGGUGCAGGCGGCGCUGCUUUCAAGGUGUCGGACGUUUACGCUCAGCAAGCUCACGAACGAGGAUGUCGCAAGGAUCUUGCUGCGAGCCAUCGAGGAGGAGAACACCAAAGGCAACGCGAUCAGCAGUCCACUGAUCGACGCCGAGCUCGUGACAUACCUCGCCGCCUUCUCGGACGGCGACGCGCGGACGGCACUGAACCUGCUGGAGCUCGCGAUGUCGAUAUGCACGCGGCCGGGCAUCACCAAGGCGGACAUCAAGGCCUCCCUUACCAAGACCCUGGUGUACGACCGCGCGGGCGACCAACACUACGACACCAUCUCUGCCUUCCACAAGGCGGUGCGAGGCAACGAUCCCGACGCCGCGCUGUACUACCUGGCGCGCAUGCUGCAGUCGGGCGAGGACCCGCUGUUCGUGGCGCGGCGGAUGGUGGUGAUCGCGUCCGAGGACGUCGGGCUCGCGGAUAACACGCUGCUGCCGCUGGCGACGGCGGCGUACACGGCGGCGCAGCAGAUCGGGAUGCCGGAGGCGCGGAUCCCGCUGGCGCAUUGUGCGGUGGCGUUGAGUCUUGCGCCGAAGAGCACGAGGGCGUAUCGGGGGUUGAACAACGCGUACGCGGCGUUAAGGGAGCCUGGUGUCGCGGCGCUGCCUGUGCCGUUGCAUCUGAGGAACGCGCCGACGAGGUUGAUGCGGGAGAUGGGGUACGGUGCCGAGUACAAGUAUCCGCCUAAUUACCGGGAGGGGAGGGUCAGGCAGGAGUAUUUGCCGGAGGAGUUGUUGGGGAGGAGGUUUCUUGAGGAGAGGGAUUUGGGGACGGAGGUUGAUCCGGACUUGGAGAUGGAGACGGAGUCGUGA